AUGAGGUAUAAAUAUAAUGAUAAAGAAUAUUUAAUUUCAUGGAAUCAAUGGAGUCAUAAUCAAAGACCUCAUAAACGAGAAGAAGAAAUUGAAAAUAAUGAAAUGGAAAUCAUUGAUGACAUUAAAGAGGAUGGAAUUCCUAAAUUUUGUAGAAAAACCUUUAGAACUAAGUUAGGAGCAUAUAAACGUAGAGUAUUAAAUCCUGAAUAUCUUAAACAUCAAUUUAAAAAGGAAGACUGUGAAUUAUUAAACGCUAAUGAAUAUGAAAAUGCUAAAUCAAAACUGAGAUAUAAAU